AUGAUCAAAAGUGAAGCAAUCUUUUGUCUCUUCUACCUGACAUUCCUAUUCGCUUCACAUUCAAAGGCUGAGAAUAUUAGCGAUAAAAUUCAAAAUGACCUAAAAGACCAUAUAUAUUAUCAUGUAUUCUUUGUUGAGGAUUCUUUCAAUAAUAUUAAUUCAGCUGAGAACCUCAGAUUUAAAAAUGAGCCUCUGCUUGAAGCUCUUUCAAAACAAGCUUUUUCAAGACUAAUUACUAAUAAUUUUAGCUUUGAAGAAGAAAAAUCUUGCAAAAGAUAUUAUAAUGCUUUUUCAACUAAAACAAGCGAAGAAUAUAUUUUGUUUCUUUUAGGCAAAAUUAGCCAAGAUGAUAAGAUCAGCCUAAAAAAAUGCAAAAAUCAUAGCAUUUAUCUUGCAUUUUUAAAUAUUGAUGAUAUCAAAAACAUCAGAGAAGUUCUCAUAAGUAAAGAUCUUAAUAUCGAAAACUACUAUGAAAAAGAAAUUCGUUUUGAGCACAUAAAUAUAAAUGAACUGAUAAUGAUUGUAGAUUCAGAAAUGCUUUCCCAAGAUUGCAAUCCUACAAUAAGCCAAUGCAAAAACUGCACUCAAGCCAGCCCUGAACUCUGUGAUCAAUGCAAUACUGGAUACUAUUUAAGUUCGUUUGGUAAUGAAUGCUGCAUUUCUCCAUCUUGCAAUACUUGUUAGGUAAAUAAAAUUGCAUUCGGUCAAAGAGAAAUUAGCUCUACUAGUUUUCUAUCUUUCAUGGAAUUUUAUUUAUGGGGUUUGGAUUUCUUUUGAGAACUUAUUCAUAGCAAAAGAAGUUUAGUUUUGGGUGUAACAGAUAAACUGGUGCUCAUUGAAACCAAGAGACUCAGGGUUCUAAAUCUGAGGAUUAUGACUCUUAGGUGGAGCACGCGCAGAAGCUGAGUUAGGCAAGGGCGAUUGCAUUGUGUCCGGUGAGAAGCAAUGGUAGAAAUUUGGGAUAAUAACCCUUUUGGAUCCAAAAUAUAUGGUGAUAUCACCAUUUUAGUUCUGUCCCUUUCGUUAAAGUGUGGCACUAGACAUCUUAAAUACUUUAAUUAACUAUAAUGCAAUGCAAUACUUGCCCAGAAACAAUGCUUGCAAUUCUUGUAUGCCAGGCUAUUAUCUUCAUGAUCCAAACUGUCUGCCCUGCCCAAAUGGUUGCUCAAUGUGUAAUGGGCCAGAUUUAUGCCUAG